CUGUGCAGGUGAAACAUUUUCAAGUCUAACAAUAGUUCUGAAAGGAAGUAUAGCAUUAUCUGAGCCCCGUAGAAAAACGUGAUUCUUGUGUAGUAAAUGUCUGCAGCCAAUUCAUUGAGGUCUUAUUUGGGAAAGAGAGUAUGUUAAGAAAAACAGUUGUCUUGGGAAAACUCGAAUAAGGUGUAAAUCGACUAUUUCUUCAUCGAUCAAAAGAAGUGCCAGAUGAUCGUUCUAUCCCUCACAGGAAUAAACUGUCUAUUCAAGUGUUUCCAAUCUUAUUGCAACACAUUGCGGUGUCGAUUGCCAGACCAAUUAGAACUUCCAACCCUUGACUUCGUACGUUUGUAAUCCCAGAGAAACAUGCCUCGUGAUUCUCAGAUCUUUUCCAAGUUGAAGCCCACAGGAUUAUCAUCGGUAGAGUUGAAUCCUAUUUCCCAGCAAUUUGAUAUUGGAAAGCAAGUAGGGAGCGCUGGACCGGAGCUUAUUUGGAAGAUAUAUGAUGCUGUAAAAAAAUCUGAGAAAAAGGAAGCCUCAGUUUUUAUCUUUGAUAAACGUGUUGCGGAUAAAUUACACAAACCCAAGAGAAAGGAAACCAUCACUGAAAUUUUGAGAUUCAGUGUCAGGCAACUUGACCGAUUUAAACAUCCAAAACUGCUGACACUUUAUCAUCCAAUUGAAGAGUCCAGUGACACUCUUGCCUUUGCUACAGAACCAGUGUUUGGAAGUCUGGCCAAUGUUCUUGGAUGCUUAGAAGACAGAAUACCGCAAAAUCUGCCUAUUACUAUUAGGGAGUACAGUUUCUUGCCAAUAGAGAUUAGAUACGGUCUUCUACAGCUAACCGAAGGCCUGUCUUUUCUUCAUUACUCCUGUAAACUGAUUCACCGAAAUGUCUGCCCUCAGUCAAUAAUCAUUAAUAAAAGAGGAACAUGGAAACUUGCAGGAUUAGAGUUCACCGAGAAGUGUGACGAAACUGGUACCACGAACGCUGUACCUUGUCAGCCGUUCACAUCUAAGCUGCCCAAGAUGGGGCAACCAGAUUUGGAUUUCACUGCUCCAGAAAUUCAGAACUCGUCAACUUGCUCACCUUACAGUGAUAUGUUUUCUCUGGGACUGCUGAUCUGUGCCAUCUUUAACAACGGACGAUCACUCAUUGAAGCCAAUCUAAGCUCAAGUAAUUACAGCAAACAGCUGGAUCUGCUAGAACAGAAUCUGCACGAACUUUUGGACAGAGUACCUCACCACUUGCAGGAGCCACUCCAAAUUCUACUCAAUCUUAACCCAAGAAAACGACCAAAUGCCCAAAAUUUUUCAAUGAUAAAGUACUUUAAUGAUCCAUCUAUCCAUGCUCUACAAUACCUGGAUGUCAUUCAAAUGAAGGAUUCCACGCAUAAAUCCCAUUUCUACCACAGCUUGAAGGGAGUGCUACCCAACAUCCCGAGGAAGCUUUGGUACCAGCAUGUUUUACCAUCCCUACAAUCUGAGCUUCAGUCUCCAGAGGUACUAGCUGCAGCGCUUCAACCUUUGCUGUUUAUAAUAGAAGAAAGCACAGCUGAUGAAUAUCAAACUUUGAUUCUCCCCAUGUUCAGAAGUAUAUUCGGAAUGCCUAAGUCGGUGCAGGCGACAGUCACUCUUUUAGAAAACUUGGACACAAUCAUGAAAAAGACAUCAAAGACUGAUAUCAAAGCAGACGUGUUGCCGAUGAUGUACGCUGCCUUUGACUCAGCUACACCUCAGAUCCAACUUGCAGCUCAUCAUGCACUAGCCCAGGUAGCAGAUUAUUUAGAAGAAAAUGCUGUUAGGAAGAUGGUUCUUCCAAGAGCAAAGCAAGUGUUUGAUAACCAUAGUGGAACAAAGAUGCAGGCCAACGCUUUAAUCUGCAUUGAAAAGGUCUUAGAUAAGCUGGAAAAAACAGACAUCCUGGACGAGGUUUUACCUAUGCUGAACAAAGCCAAACUUCAGGAUCCGGCGAUACUAAUGCCGGUCGUAACAUCCUCAUCUCCAGAUUCGAACUUACUACGUGUACAGGCAGCGUUACCUGGACGACGUCAUUCGGACAAUACCAUUCAACCACCAAGAAUUCUUGUAGCGCCAUCUAGUCCUGAAAGUGGUUUGUCACGUGGUUCCAGCGCUGGAAGCUUACAGAUGAGACGCCACUCCAGUGCUAGCCCCUAUGAAAACCACGAUAUCAAAUACCAAUUUGUUGCACCCAAGCCGAUACUGACUACAAACUUAGGUGUUAAUUCCCUUGGAUCGAGACGCAGCUCGAGACGUUAUUCAGCCACAGCUCUGUACAACAGUAUCGGUGGAGGAGGGCUGAGCUCUGCUGGCUCUUCAACAAGCUUACUGAAGCAAAUUGGGACAGGAGUGCAACAACUUUUUUCGAGCAAAUGAAGAACGAGUGAUCAUCAUAUAUUUUGCCUGUAAAGAAUGACCAAAAUUUAUGUUGAACUUGAGGUAGCCACUGGUUUUCGCUUGUUAAACAACUGACCAGUUUUGCAGAAUUAACUAAAGCAAUAUUUUAGAAAGAUGUUUAUGCUUCGCCCAUAUCUACGUACUAUCGACGUUUUUAGUUCAAUAACCUAUUGAAUUUUAAAAUGUGUAUGGAAAAAUAUAUUGGCACACCGUUCUAAGUUAGUCAAAAAGCAAAGUAUAAUAUACAAUACAUAUAUGUAAGUUUAUUUGUAACAUGUUAUGGGAAGUUAUUGUUAUAAGUAUAGUAUAGAAAUAUAUAUUUAGGAGUAAUGUAUUUAUGUACAAGUUUUACACAUGAUAUUUUCCUCAAAUUCUAGUUUCAUUUCGUAAAUCUUCUCGCUCAUGAUGCAAAUAACAAAGAACGUGAGAUACGUGAAUUUAGUGAAAGAUGGUGGUUUUAAACAUACCCAUGAAAAGAAAUGACACGCGAUCGUUAAUGGAAAACAUUUGAGAUUUCUAAAUAUGCAGCCUCAUCACCUCGGUAUCGUAGUCCGUUAGGAUUCUUUUCCGUUAUUUAGUGUUCUUCAGCUUUCUUUGACAUCCUAAACAGGCACGUUGUUCCAAUACUACUACCUUUUAUGUAUUUUUUUUUUCAGUGUGACAUUAUCAGAGCAGCAGGCUUAAAUCAUAAGUUUCGAGUUAUAUUUCACAUGAAUCUAAAAAAGAACUGAAAUAUUUUCUUCUUUUUCAUUCUACAUAUAUACACAUAUGCUUUUAACAUUUCUUUUACUAUAAUGGAUUAAGUACCUAACACGAAUUUUGACUGCAUAACAUAUGUGAAAACAUCAAGAACAGCUGUGACUAAUGGUAUUGUAUUUAGCGCUUUGAAAACAAAAGUAUCUUAGACACGCUAAACGUAACUAUUGAAACACAUAACAAAUGAUUUUAUUCGUGAUGGUCUUCCAUUAGUUUGUACAUAUAUAUAUAUUUAACCUCGGGCUGUGAAGUUUAGUUACGUAUUUGGUUGUAUCAGUCUGUAUGUUUUAUCUUCUUUGAGCACAUAAUUUAUAAACACCUUUUUUAUCAGACCUGGAGGUCAAGACUAUUAAAAUAUUUGUUUUAUCAUGUGUGUGUUUUUUUCGGGUUGAUUCAGAAGUUUAAAUUAAGCAAAGGUAAAGAAUUAAUCUUUUAUUCGAAGUGAAUUUCUGAACCAGUAAACGUUUCACUAGUUUUCGAAGCACAACUAAUGUUUAUAAUCAAGUUAAAGGUAAGAUGGUGUAUUUACUAAUCUUGAAACUUGGUUAGAAAAUAAUCAUAAGGCAUCAAUUAAUUACUUUCCAAACAAUGUGCUUACUCUGGAUUUAAACUGGUGACGAAUCUUUUAGGUGUUUAUUCAUCCUUUCUAUAUAUUUUCCCAAAGAUGUGUUUAAAAACAAAUAAAAACAGAACAGCUAAGAUUAUGCCAGAGUGAAAUUCUUAUUGUAAUAUCCUGUGUAAUGAAAGAAUAGAAUUAAUUUUUAAAUAUAAAAUUAUUUUGCAGGAAACCGUUCUUAUUUAAACCAAAGCUACACAAUGAGUUAUCAGCGCUGCAUCCACUGCGGAGAAUCGAAACCCAGGUUUUAGGGUUAUAUAUAAGCCUUUUAGCCUAGGACUGAGUCUUCGGAAAACCCAUUCAAACGAAACUCUCACAUACAAAGACAUCAUACGAAUAUGUUUGCUUCUUAAUUUAAGAUCUGUCAAUUAAAGACAUGUUGCAUCAUUCCAAAUCCCAAAGAUAAUUAACACCUUACAUACGUGUAAGUAACACAUCCUGACAGUAAACAAACAAAACCCAUUUAAAUUUUUCCCGGCAGUGAAAUCUAUAUUACAUCACCAUAUUUGACUUCUUAAGUUAUUUAAAAUAUAUCUUUGUAACGUUUUCGUGCUUAAAGUUUCUUAGAAAUGAUUAAAUUAUCAAAACACAAGCAAAAACCUUAUUUAAAGGAACACUCGGUGGUUCACGGGUCACAUUAAAACCCGUUUGAAAUUAGCACUUAAUAAAACUUGUCUGUCGAUACUUUUUUAAUAUGAAGGCAAAAAUUACACCAAUAUCUGAGUAAAGUUCUUUAGCGAAAGAAUAAAUGGUUAAGGAAUUAAGUUUAAUUAUGUUUAAAUUUACAUUUUCUCUGCUGGAAGUUUCCUCGUGAAAGUAAAAAAUUAUCGAAAAAAAAGGCAAAUAUAAGAACGAGAGCAUAUGCAUGAAAUACGAGCACUGGAGGCUUUUAUUCUCACAACUAUAAACUUGUGAUAAACUAUGAACUAUAAACGCAAAUCUGGCGAGGCUCAGUUUCACGUUACAAAACACCACAGCAAGACUGAUCAUAACUUUAAACUCCCCACUUUUUACUGUCUUUCACUAAAUGAAAGUUGACGCCACCGUUCAACUACGCUUUACUGUAAGCCUCUGGGGGCGUACAGAAGUACAAUAAUGUAUAAAAAAAAGUGUAAUGAAACAUGACGCUAAACUCCAAACGUUUUUGCUCACAGUCAUCUCAUUCAGGGAAACUAUAGCACUGAAGUGAAACGUAUAUAGUUUUACGUCUCUAGCUUACAUAUUACUCCCGCAUCAUUUCGCAGUUGCUAGUAACAAUUUUAUUUCUGACAUUCUCCCUCAACUACAAACAUAUAUUCUGGAAUCGAAAACGGACAUAUUAAUAUAUUUCUAACAAUCUUUAAAAAGUAAAGAAUAUCAUGGUAGUUACUAAAAAUAUUUCAAGAGAUAUAUAUGUACAUAAUUGUUAGUGUGAUUCCAAGCAUUACAAUGGAAUAGCUUUUCAAAGUUUUUUUUCUUUUGUGUAAGUGUUAAGCCUAUAAAAACAAACGUUGCAAGUAGGUAACUUAGAAAAUAAAGUAUCAUUUUAAUAUUAUGUAUUUUAGCUAUAAAAUAUUUUCUUUAUAUAUAAUAUAUCAGAAAAUGAGGCUUGUUAACUGUUGCUUAUUUGCAAUAAAUACACUUCUUUAUCUCUGAUUUUUUCAAGUGUGCUAUUAGUAUAUUUUUAUAACUUUAAGGCAUUCAAUACAUUGAAUACCUUUAGUGUUGGGUGGUAUUAUAUUGUUUGUUCACAAACAUGGAGCAGUUUCAGAAGUGUUUAAUGGCGUUAUUUCGGUUUAAAAUUGUCUUUAGUGUUAUAUUGUGUACAAGAUAAUACAGAAAAGUGUAUUGGAUAUAUCCACUCUGUAUCAUAUAUAUAUAUAUAUAUAUAUAUAUACUCAGCAUUUAUGUACACUUCUA